UGGUUGCGAUUGGCUAUUGUGAAAUAUUACCACCAUAAACAUGAGUGCUCGAGCACGAAGGCCUGGCACUGGCAAUAGCCAAACACUGAACGAAUGUGUACAGGUGGUGGUACGAUGCCGCCCCAUGAGUAAUAAGGAACGUUCCGAGGGAUAUGAUGAGGUCAUCAGUGUCUAUCCGAAGCGUGGGGUCAUCGAAAUAGCCAAUCAAACGGAUAGCCAAAAGGAACAGCGCAAAGUCUUUACCUAUGAUGCUGUCUAUGAUCCGGGUGCCUCACAGACCACCGUGUACAAUGAAGUGGUCUUCCCAUUGGUCAGUUCGGUAUUGGAAGGCUAUAAUGGCUGCAUCUUUGCCUAUGGUCAAACGGGUACGGGUAAAACCUUCACCAUGGAGGGUAUACGCGGCAAUGAUGAGCUGGUGGGUAUUAUUCCGCGCAGUUUCGAACAGAUCUGGUUGCACAUAAAUCGUACCGAGAAUUUUCAAUUUCUUGUUGAUGUUUCCUAUUUGGAAAUUUACAUGGAAGAGUUGAGAGAUUUGCUAAAGCCAAAUUCGAAAAAUUUAGAGGUGCGUGAAAGUAGUUCGGGUGUCUAUGUGCCGAAUUUGCAUUCGGUGACGUGUAAAAGUGUGGAGGAUAUGAUGAAUGUCAUGAAAGUGGGUAACAAAAAUCGUACCGUGGGCUUUACCAAUAUGAAUGAACACAGUUCCAGAUCUCAUUCCAUUUUUAUGAUAAAAAUCGAAAUGUGCGACAUUGAAACCAACACAAUUAAGGUGGGCAAACUCAAUCUGAUCGAUUUGGCCGGUAGUGAGCGUCAAAGUAAAACUGGUGCCUCAGCUGAACGUCUCAAGGAAGCCAGCAAAAUUAACCUGGCCCUCUCGUCAUUGGGUAAUGUCAUUUCCGCUCUGGCUGAAAACUCCCCACAUGUACCCUAUCGGGAUUCAAAGCUGACACGUCUCUUACAAGAUUCCUUGGGUGGUAAUUCCAAAACUAUUAUGAUUGCCAAUAUCGGUCCCUCGGCCUAUAACUACAAUGAAACCCUCACCACAUUACGUUAUGCCUCACGGGCCAAGGCCAUUCAAAAUCAACCAAUAAAGAAUGAAGAUCCACAGGAUGCUAAACUCAAGGAGUACCAAGAGGAAAUCGAACGCCUCAAACGUUUGAUAGGUUCCAAACAGCAACAACAUGUCAAAGUGGAAAAACCCAUCAAGAAGGUGGUGGUGAAGAAACCCAAAGAACGCAAAGAAAAACAACACAAAGAAAUGGGAGAAAGUGUGCAAUCAUCGGCAGGUGGUGCAGCACUCAAUGAUAAUGCCAUUGAUGCAGACGCGGCCACUGGCGGCGCCGUCAACGAAGAAGAGGAAUCCGAUAAAGAAAAUGAAGUCGAAGAAGAGGUGGCCAAAACCAAUGAACAGCUGGAAAGUGAACGUUUGGAAACCGCCAAAUUGGCCGCCAAACUAAAGGAACUCGAAUCUCAAAUGGUAAGGGGUGGCAAAAAUCUCCUCGACACCUACAGCGAACGACAAAUUGAAUUGGAAAAGAAACUUGUAGAGAUUGCGGAACGUAAAAAACGUGAAAUUGAAAUGCAACAAAAAUUGGAGCUGCAAGAGGAGACCACUUUGGAAAUACGCGAAACUGUCACCUCCCUCGAACAGGAGGUGGAAUUGAAGAAGCGUAAACUCUCCAAAUGCUAUGCGAAAUUUUUGGCCUUACAACAGGAAUUAAACGAUUGUAAAUUUGAACACAAUCAGGAUUUGCGAGAAUUGGAAAUGGCCCAAAAUGAAUUGGUAAAGGAAUUAAAACGCCAGCUGUUGAUCAUUGAUAACUUUGUGCCGGUGGAGGUCAAACAAAGAUUGUAUACCCAAGCCAAAUAUGAUGAGGAACAGGAGGAAUGGAAAUUCUCUGCCCUGCCUGUGGGCAAUGAUGGCACCUUUAAUACCAAACGUCCUGUCUCACAUCCCCAAAGAAGGCGUCCCAUUUCGGAAUAUGCCAUACUCGAGGCUAAGUCGAAUACCAGCGAGGCGGGCUUACGCUUUAAGAGUGAAAACAUUGUCUCCUAUGAAUUGGAAAUGCCAUGUCGCACUACUCAGGAAUAUAAGACACCAAAAAUAUCCGCUUCGCUACAGGCUGUACUGGCCCAGGCCAUGCAGACCGGUGAUGACAUAGACAUUGUUGAGAAUCACACCAAUUCCAUACGCAGUCGUUUGGAAAGUAUCAUAAAUGCUAGUGCUAAUGCGGCAGCAGCAGCGGCGGCGGCAGCUGCCAACAGUAAUGGCAGUAAUAUGAAUGGUCAUGGCCCAGCGGCGGCAAAUGGUGUGGGAGGUGGUGGUGCACCUACUGCCAAUGGCAUUAGCCGCAUUAAAUCUAGUCGUAUUGCAUCAGGUAUACCACCAUCCGCUGCCAUGGAUUCGAAUAGAAGACCACCAACUGGUCGUCCGGCAACAACAGCCAAGAAGCCUGUAUCAGCUUAUCCCAAAGCUAGAGGUCUAGUCACAAAAUGAACUCCGGCCACAAAAGAAAUCGCAAAAUGACCAAAAAACAAA